AUUAUUUGACUCAAAUGAGGAAGUUAAAUCAAAGAGACUUUUGAGAAACGACGACCUAUUAUCCUGUAUCCUGAGUAUAUCGGUAUAUAACGCAGGAUUAUUGGUUUCCCUUAAUUUAAGUAACAUCGAAUUUACAACAGAACGAACAUUACAAGCAUUCGUUCGAGACGGCAUCGCAUAUGAUCUUAAUGUCAAAGCUAUACAAGAUAGAACGUUAACAUGGAAAUAUGGAAUUCAGGUUCUAUCGAAUUUGCGCUUACAUUUGGUAAAAUAG